AUGGCCUCUCUUCUCACUACCGUUGCACGACGUGCGCCCGCCAGACUCGGAAGGGUCGCCUCUGUUGUAUCUAACCAGAUUCGCCACCACUCUACCUCCCCUCUCGAUCCAUCCGUGGGUCUUACUGAUGAUCAGAAGGAGCUUCAGAGUCUUGCACGAGCUUUUGCCGAUAAAGAAUUCGCCCCUAAAAUGCAGGAGUGGGACGAGAAUCAGCACUUCCCUGUUGACGUUCUUCGUAAAGGCGCAGAGCUCGGAUUUGGAGGACUUUACACUCGUGAGGACGUUGGAGGUUCAGGACUUGGAAGAUUGGACACCUCUGUGGUCUUUGAAGCGCUUUCUACGGGAGAUGUCUCUACCACCGCCUAUAUCACUCUCCAUAACAUGUGCUCAUGGAUGAUUGACGAAUUCGGAAAUGAGGAACAGCGCCAAAGGUAUCUACCUCAGAUUACUAGCAUGGAAAAACUUGCUUCUUACUGCUUGACUGAGCCUGGCGCAGGAUCUGACGCUGCAGGAUUAUCUACAACCGCCGUUAAGAAGGGAUCUCAUUAUGUACUUAAUGGCAGCAAAGCAUUUAUCUCUGGAGGUGGUUCAUCCGAUGUAUACUUGGUUAUAGCUCGUACUGGAGGCCCUGGACCCAAGGGUGUCUCUUGCUUUAUUGUUGAGAAGGGAUUCAAGGGGUUAAGCUUUGGAAAGAAGGAGAUCAAGUUGGGAUGGAACUCACAGCCAACAAGAGCAGUUAUUAUGGAGAAUUGCGAGGUCCCAGUAGAGAACCUGCUUGGAGCUGAGAGUCAAGGCUUUUCAAUUGCCAUGAAGGGUCUCAACGGUAGUCGCAUCAACAUUGGUUCAUGCAGUUUGGGUGCUGCCCAAGCAUCAAUUGAGGCAGCGAUUGAGCACGUUAAAGUUCGCAAGCAGUUUGGUCAAGCCUUGGCUGACUUUCAAAGUAUUCAAUUCAAGCUCGCAGACAUGGCAACAAGUCUUUUGUCUUCCAGACUUAUGAUUCGCCAAGCAGCUACGAUGUUGGACCAAAAUCAUCCUGAUGUGGCUUGUUACUCUGCUAUGGCCAAGAUUCAUGCCACAGAUGAGUGCUUCAAGGUUUGCGACGACAGCCUGCAGUUGCAUGGAGGAUAUGGAUAUUUGAAGGAUUACAAGAUUAAUGUCUACCUCCGAGACUCCCGCGUUCACCGCAUUCUUGGAGGUGCAAACGAGGUUAUGCGAAUGGUUGCCUCCCGAGCAUUAUUAUCAGAGUAG